AUGGUUGGAUCAUUGAUUCAGCGAGUGUUCCCAUUUGAACUGGUUCCAGUUGCUAUGAUGAAAUUACUGCUAUGGCUCGCGGCAUUAAUUGCAGUUUCGGCUGAAUUGCACAGCAAACGUCGCUAUCGACGUCCUGCACCUGAUGGGGAGACUCAUGCAUUGAUAGUGGCAGGUUCAGAUGGGUGGUAUAAUUACCGUCACCAGGCUGAUGCAUGCCAUGCCUACCACACAUUGAGAAAUCAUGGUGUACCGGAAGAGAAUAUCGUUGUGAUGAUGUACGACGAUAUUGCUCACAACAAACAGUAGGU